CAAUAACCUCGAGGUGGUCUGAAAUUUGAGGUGGCAUCCGCUUGGUCCCAGUAAAUGGCCCAGCGGCUUGGCGCUUACCCAGUACGCUAACCGAGUAACCUCAGUGGGAUUCGCAGAGCAUCUAGACUUAGAGCCAGGUGGAUAAGGCGCACCCUUACUGUGGGGCAGCCAUUAGAAGCGUUGUUCGCCAAAAUUUCAUUUCGUUGUUGCGCAGUGGCAAGGUCAAGGUAGGAAUAACUUCUUCACUUUGGCCCCUGUCAAGUCAAAGAGCUUGGCAGUAACGCCUUUCACUAACAGCCGGAUCAAGAAGCAAACUGCUGUUUGACGAAUUCCGGUCAUGAGACAUGGCGGCUACAACAGACCAGACACAACCCCGGAUGAUAGAUAUCUUGACUGUGAUAAUCACCACGUCUGUCACACCUUCUAUACCAUACACGGACCUUAUAUCGGCUAUUUUGGACGGUUAUAGCAAGUACUGUCCUCAACUGCUCCGAUGCCGCUUUAUAGUAGUGUUCGACAAUUACGAUCUAGUCGUCCCUUUUGCAAGAUUGAAGAAAGGGCAUGUCACUCCACAGCAAGCAAAGGACUGGAACUUAUACAAGACCAAUGCGAAACAGCUCAUUCUUCAGCAAUUUUAUAGUACUUCUGGAGAGGUACAUAUGGUUACAGAACGGGGAGAAGCGGAAUACGGCUCUCCUCAGAGCACAAAUGGCGUCCCAUUCACUGCAAAGCGGACUGUGGACAACAGGGUUACAUUCAUAGAACCUGAAAGGCGUUUAGGUUUCGGCCUGGCGGUGCGUUCAGCAUUACGCCUCGUCGACACCCCUUACGUCUGGCUUCAGCAGCAUGAUUGGAGCCUUGUCGCUAGCAUACCCAUAGAGUCAGUACUCCAAGUGAUGCAAGGCUCAGAGAACGAUCCCGAAGUACCCAUAAAAUAUAUUUGCCUUCCCGCCAAGAAGAUGCUUUCCUACGCGACAUCGCAAGACGUCGUGCGAUUCCCUGCCUUGCAAGAGUUAACGUUGAAGCUUCAACGAAAUUUCUCACCAUCACUGCAACCCGAGAUCAAGAUACCACUAACGCCGCUCUACUUUUGGCAUGACAAACCUCACAUAGCCUCUACUGCACAUUAUCUCGCGCGGGUCUACCCCUCUCGCCUUGCUAUGCUACGGGGAGAUUUUAUUGAGGACAAGAUAGGCCACAGAGCACGGGACCAGAUGAAAGAAGGACUCUGGUCGAAAUGGGGUACCUGGCUCUAUUAUCCGGAUGAAGGCAGACAACUGUGCUUGAGGCAUCUCAACGGCAGAGUUUGGAGGGGUGAAGAUGGUCAAUCGAAACAAAUCAACACAUACCGCGAGCAGAACAUAAAUUAUAGGCAGGAACUUGAUGGAGAGCUGACGAAUGUCACGAGUGAUGAUGAUUUUGAGCUAGAGAACUUUUUCUAGCAUAAUCACAACAAUUCGUAUGUCUAGGAGAUAAUCACGCUCCGCAAACAGGCUAUUGAGACACGGACUGGUCAAAUCACCCAACACUGUUGAUCUUGUAACAAAGAACAGCUGCUUGGACUGUGGUCAACUAAAACAAUUAUUUACUAUGUGCGCACAGCAGCUCAAGAUCUGUCUAGAUUGUCAGCAAAUACAUGGGUUACAAGAUAUGUCUGCUGAAAGUAGUGCUUCUGAACUCUCUAAAGAUUCACCGAUCAAUUCUCCUGGACCACAGCAUUCGAGUUUCCUCGCUUUGACUUCGGUAGA